AUGAAUGAACAGGGCGAGGCGUUGUUGCGGCCUUCGCCCGGCUCCUUCCACGAUCUAUACGAGCAUUUAGAGCAUGCGCGACAGACGCGUGCGCCGCGCGAGCUGCGCCGCAUGCUCGAUUCGCGGCUCGAUUCGCUGCGCAACUGCGGCGAUGCACUCGGCAAGCCGUGCGAAGCGUCGCGCGCCGCGCUUGCCAACGAUGGGAGCGUCGAGUACGGCGGGCGAACGCUUCCUGUGGACGAGCUCCAGCGCGAACUGGCGCUGGAAAUCAGCGCGCGCUUUGAUAUCGACCAGCUUGCAGCGCUCCUGCAGCUGCGCAAUUUUCUCGAAAGCGAGCACCGCAGCGUGCAUGCACUCCAAGACGCGCGCGAGGGCGCGCGCGACGACUUCCUCGAUGCCUUCACCGUGUUUUUUUUCGAGGAGCAGCUCGCGCUGAUCCGGUGCAUCAGCGCGCUCCUGCGCAUCUCCGAGGACGAACACAACGAUUUAUACGACACGGCCCUUGCGACGCUCGACGCGUUUGCCGACGCCGCAUUUGCCGCGCGGUGCCUCGGCUGGUUUGAGCAGGAGGUCAGCACAGAACUCCUCCCGCAUAUCGUCCACGAUGAGCGCUACUCACUCCUGUGGGCGCGGCAGGGCGUGCUGCGCCAGCUGGCGCUCCUCGAAGUGGUCUUUCUACUCUACUACGGGCGCCUCCAGGCCUCGCCCUCUUUCCUUGCCCGCACGCUCGAGACGAUCCAAACGACGCGCUUCGGGCACAAGCAGGCGAAUAUAGGCUUCCUCGACAUGGAGUCCAUCGCGCUCGUCGACUGCGUCUCGCACCUGCUCACCUUCCUCGCGAUCGAGUGCCUCAACUUGGAGGCCAUGCUCGAGCCCGUCGACGAGGACGCACUGGAGCGCGGCGGCGUCCAGGCGGACCCCGCCCUGGCUCUUUUUGCGCCGGAGCCGUCUGCGCUCGAGACGUGCUUGGGCGCGCUCGACGCGGCCAACGCCCUGGUCCUCUACGCCCCCCUCCUCCUCGGCUGGUCCUUGGUGCUCCGCAGGCUCGGCCAAACGCUGGACGUGUGUCCCGACGCGGCGCUAUACGCCGCUACCACCGUGUACGAUAAUGGGCCGCCCAUCUGGCGCAGGCUCGCCCAGGGCGCCAUGGAUCCCACCAUGGAUUUGUUUGCCGUGCUGCGCGCCUUGCUGGCCUCUCCACUGCUCAGCAGCACUGGCGACUUGCUCGGCGCCUCGAACCUCUCUGCACUGGCCUACCGCGCCGUGUUCAAAGGACUGCUGCUUGCGCUCACCGAGCUUGUGGAGCCAGCGUACCUGCCCGACUUUGACGCACUCGUCGCGAUCUGGGCCGCCACAUUUGGCCCUCAGGCGGCGUCGGAUGCGCCGGGCAGCGCGGACGCUAGCCAAGGCAUCGCCUCCUUGUGUGUCCAGUUCUGGACCGCAGACAUGCCUUUUCCCACGCGCGCCUCGGUGCUCACCACCGCACGCCGCCGCUUCCCCGCGGCGUUCUUGCCGCUUGUCGAGCUCGCGCGUGCCUUGUCGGGCAACGCACAGGGCUCGACUGCACUUCCCCCCGCCGUGUCCGACGCGAGCGCCGCGGUGCUCGACUAUGUAGCCGCGCUCCCGACGCUCGCCCUGCCGCUGAUUCACGCGGGCGCAGCAGGACUGCAGCCGUGGGAAAAGGUCGAGCAGCACACCGCCUGCGUGCAGUACCGCCUGCAGUGCCCUUGGCAAGUGCCUGCCACCACGCUGGUCCUCCCACAAGGCACACAAGGCAUGCUCAUCUCCCCCCUCGACAGCACACCGCCCAUCGUCCUCUGGGAGCUUGCGCAGCCUGUGAGCGGCUGGCGCAUUAUGCGCGACGCACUCGCUGCAUGCGUCGCGCCGCCGCCGCGCCGCACACACGACCAAGAGGUCUGGGACGAGGCGGCGCCCCUCGCUGCCCUCUCGCCCGACUUGCACGACGCGGCGGCGCCGAUUGCCGACGCGUUUGUCGCAGUGCUCGCGAGCGAUGCCGCGCUCGCAAGCGCCCUCUUGGCGCACCUCGACGACGCGCCGAGUCUUGUGCACGCAGCGCUGGAGAUGCUGCGCGGGGCGCUGCGCAGCACCCCGCUCAACACACGCAUGGUGUGCGCCGGCUACAAGCUCCUCGGCGCGCUCCUUUUCCACGCUCCGAACGAGAUCUGGCAGCAUGUGCGCGCGACGAAUUUGCUCCUCGGCAGCCCCGGAAAUGUGCCGCUCCUCGACACGGCCCACGCCGAGACAAGCGCGCUGCUCGAGGCCGAAGUGGCGUCUGGACGCUUUGCAGGCACGCUCGCCCUUUUCGAUCUCAUUGCCAAACUCGUCCACGAGCUGCAGGUCGCGCAGUUUGCCGAGCCCGCCGAGCUGCUCGCCGUCAAGGCGCAGGUGCUCCGCCGCGCCAUGCACUGGGUGCUCGCCUCGGUAUGGCCCGAGCACCAGGCGUGGACGUAUGCCAAGGCGAGCGAUCGCACCGAGCUUGGGCUGCGCUGCGUGCGCCUCUUUUCCGCCGUCCUAUCCGACGCCGCUUUUGCUGCGCACCACGCUUCGGCACGCGCCAUUGCGUCGCUCACCGAAAGCGUGCGCCGCGCAUUUGGCGAGGACGCGAGCGCGUCCAGCCUCGCGCCGCUCCUCUCGGUCCUGGGCCACGGCGAGCGGAUGAUCGAUUUGCUGUACACAAAAGGACAGGUGUACCAUGCCAGGCUCACCGAGACGCUCGUGGAAACCUACCUGCACUUUGCCCUGCUCCUCGCGCACCGCACCGCACCGCACCGCCUCACGACGCUCUUUUUCCGCCUCGCGCCGAGCCCCGCGCGCGAUCUGCACGCGCCGCCGAUUGAGCUCGCGAAGGCAGUGCUGCGCUACGUGUGGGCGCCGAUGCCGCCCCCGCUCUCUGCGCUUGCCGCACAGUUCGUCGCUGCCAUCUGCCGCGCCGCAGACGUGCGCAGCACGUUCCGCCUGGCCGCGCAUCUGGGCUCCGCGCACGAUGUAGAGCGCACGGCGGCGCACCUCCUCGGCGUCGUGGAGAACACGUACGAGGAUUUGGCGCUCCGGGUCGCCGUAUGGCAUUUAUUCAGCACGCUGCUUGCGUCGCAGCCCGCCAUGGCCACGCUGCUGCUCACCGGCCGGCUUGCGUGGGGCAACGUUACCAACGCGCCGUCCAACACCGUUUUGCGCCUCGCUGUGGACAGCAUCCAAAUGUGGGAGGAGCUGUGGGAGAGCGCGCCCGACCUCCUCGACGCCAUCGUGCAGUUCUUGCACGGCGCUUGGGCGCACGCGCUCGCGCACCCUGCCGUCUUCGACACCAUCAAGCAGGACACGGCUGUGUGGGAUGCGCUCGGCUCGCUCAUCGCGCGCGACACCGAGCCAGCGCCGCGCCUGUGUGCCGCACACGACGGCGCUCUCCACCUCGAUGUCGAGCAUGCGUCGGAGCAGGUGCGUCUCUACGCAUUCCGCGCGAUGGCACAAACGCGCACGCUGCACCUCUUUGCCAUGGACCUGCAGGCGCCGCCAAAAGACAAGAAGGGGAGCUUGCGUGCGCUCGCACACACGGUCCGCGCCGCGGAUUUUGCCGAGGUGCUGGCGCGCACGGCCGGCGCGGAGACAGAUGCGCCGCACGACUAUGCCGCCAAGCUCCAGCGCCUCGUGCCGAGCAUCGCGCUGGACGCGCUGCGCCUCGCGCCGCGCCGCGACGCGUUUGAUACGUCGCGCGUGUACGGCGCAGCGUACCUCUACGCGCGCACCGACUAUGCCGCCAAGCUCCAAGGCGUGCUUCCUGCCCUUGCGCCCGAGGACCACGCGGCGCUGCAGCACGACGCCGACGCACUGCUCGCCGGCCUCAAUCUCGCGUGGAGCUUGGUCGAUGCACAAGCGGCGCGCACCGCCGCAUGGUCCGCGUGCUUUUCCACAGGCACCGGCGCGCUGCUGGCCGACGCCGAGGCGCGCGGCGCACUUGGCGCGAUCCAGCAGACAUUCGUGCACGCCGCGUCGUGCCUCGCGCCGCGCCUCGCAGCGGACGUGCCUUUUGCACGUACACACAAGCUUGCGCUCCUCGCCGCGCUGCUUGCGGCGGGAUGGGCGCCGAAGACGCGCGCAGCGCACUUUGCGUCUCUUGUUCCCCAACUUGCGAGCAUCGUAGCGCGCCACCACAGCGACGCGCAGCAGCCGCUCUUCCAGCUCCUCCUCACCACCGUCGCAGCGGCGCGGCGCGAGCCAGAGAGCUGUGCAUCGCUCGCACAGCCCCUCGGCUCGAUGCUGUCACAUACCGUCGCGUCGCUGCAGCAGCGCGUGGCCACCGCCUCGCUCGACGCUAGCGCUGUGGCUGCCGCAGCGCGCACAGAGACAGAUCUCGAGAUGCUGGUCGCGGUGGUCAGCACCGCCGUCCGCCUUCCAAUCUCGCAUCUUGCGUGGCUGCAGCCGCUGCAGACGUCCAAUACGCUGCACACCUGCUUGCAGCUCGUAUGCGACGCUCCGCUCGUAGGCCUCGGCGGCAUGGACACGCCCACGAGCAUGUCCCACGUUCGCUUCCUCGCGCCGCUGCUGCGCCUCUUUGCGACGCUCGCCGCGCAGCGCGCCGCUUGCGAAAUGACCGCAGAGAGCCGGGUGAUGUCUGCGUUGUGCACAAAUGCACUCUCGGCCCUCCUCGAGCGCGGCGCGCUUGCUGCCGUCUUGCCCUCGGGCGAGCCCUCGCCCUUGCACGCGCUCUGGCUGCUCAUGCUCCAGAUCGUCGUGGCGCUUAUCGAGAACCUCGGCACCACAGCCCCCGGCCUCGACGCACGCUUUGUCGACGCGGAAGUCGAGGCGUUUGUGCUUCUGUACGCCGCACAGAUCCGCCGCUCGCUCCUCUUUGCACCUGCGUCGCACAGCGCGCUGGACGUCGCACAGCUCCUCGAGCUCGGCCUCGUACUGCGCCUCUUUUACGCCAUGUGGCACGCCAAGUCGCCGCGCAUGCCGCCAGGGGCAUGUGCGCCCACAGACCGCGCGAAAGCACUCGUUCCCCUCGGCGCGGAACUGGUGCACGCAGCGCCGCACCUCUUGCAGCAGCUUGCCUACCUGUGCCAGCACCCGCAGGAACUGCGCGCAGAAAUGGGCUUCGCGGCGCACCACGCGCUCGAAAACGGUCCUGGCGCGCGGGCACUGGCCGCGGCAGAAGACGCACUGCGUUCUGCACUCGGCACGUUGCUCGCGCUCUUGUGGGAUGUCACUGGAGGGAGCACGGUGCUGCUUGGCGAUGUCGGUGCAUGGCCGCCGCUCCCGGCCGUGCUGGAGCCUACGCUGCACGUGUCGGUGGGAGGAAAGGCGUCGCUAGGGACGCUGCUGGAGCUUGCGAGUGCGUGGACGGAUCGUGCGCGCACGAUGGAACUACAUGAUCCGGCGCGCACUGCGCUGUGCAGGGCUAUGGAGCAGAGUGUAGGGCUAUGUGCGACGCAGGCGCUUGCAUGGGCGAAUGCGCGGCGUCCUCCCGACCUCUCUGCGGCGAGCAUUGCGCUCGCGAAGCAGGCAGAGACGGAGAUCGAGGCGGGGAUUGGCCGCGAUAUUGCCGCGGCAGUCCGUGCUGCGCAGGGCGUUUGUGGGGUGCAGAAUACCGACACGUUGUGGCCGGUGCUUUAUAGUGUAGCCGCACAGCAGCUGGGCGCUGCUCCGGCGCCGUAG